AAGAAGUCAUUAAUGAGUUGCAAACCCAGAAGUAAAUACAAGUUUUAUAAACACUGUAGAAAAAAAAAAGUUAUAAAAAUACAAAAAGUCUAAAAUAGAAAGAAAACAAAUUAAAAAAAAGCAAAUAAAUUUUCAUUAAAUAAAAACAAUAUAGAAAUUUGAAACUAAACUUUAAAAUAAAAUGGCUGAUGAUGGCGGCAAUCCGGAAAAAGAAGCCGAUAAGAAAAUUAUUCAUGUUUAUCCUUUAGUUAAGCACUCAGAUAUGAAUGAGGAAAUGCGCACCGAAGCUAUAGAGUUAAGCAUUACUGCCUGUGAGAAAUAUUCCUCCAAUUAUGAGCAAGCGGCCCGUGUUAUUAAGGAAACUAUGGAUAAAAAAUUUGGCAUUUAUUGGCAUGUGGUAGUGGGUGAAGGUUUUGGUUUUGAAAUAACUUAUGAGACUAAAAAUAUUUUAUAUUUAUUUUUUGCUGGCAAUUUAGCUAUAUUAUUAUGGAAGUGCUCUUAGUCCCCUUUUUUUAUACAUAAAAUUUUUAAAAACUCCUUUAUUAAGAACAUAUUUUUUAUAAAAUUCCUUUUUUUUUUCUUAACAAAUAAAACAUAUUAAAUAAUUAAUAUCAUAGUUAGUAACUAUCUUCUUAGUUUAAAGUUGUUAUGGUAAUAAGAAAUAUGCUGAAUAUUUUAUCAAUAAACUAGUUGUUUCUUAACUGUUCGCCGGAU